UGAGACGAGAAUGUGAGGAUGCGGGGUCGAGCGCGUGGGCGGUGUCGGCAAUGAUGCAGGAUGAGGAAGGGGCGGGCGGAGGGGUUGACGAGAAGUCGGGCGUGCGUGCGUGAGCUUGGUAACACUCGGCCUCCUUCUUCCUAGUUCAUCUCUCCGCUGCCAGCGGCUCCACGGCCUCCUCGUCGACGCGCAGUAAUAUUCAUGAUGCUUUGUGCGCAGGCGAGGAGUGCUAUUACGAUGGAAGCGGGGUGCGUGGAGGGACGGCGACGGUGUGUGCACGGUUUAGGAACGGCGGGGUCUCAACAGUGACGCUGGAAGAGGGAGAGAGAACGAGGGGAUGCGCGUACAUGUGAUAGCGGUAUGAACCUCCCGCCACCGUCAUCGCCACCGCCCGCGUUCAGCUGCUCGUCACCGCUGCCACUUCCGGCAUCGUCGGCGUUGGGCGUGCGCCCACGAUCAGCCGAUGAGAGAGGCGCAGCGUCGGAGGCGCGUAGGGGUCAGCAUGGGCGCGACGGUGUGCGCGGCAUCCGCGCCCGCCGCCGUGUCGCCGCCGUGAGGGCCGAGAGGCGCGAGGCGGCGGUCGAGGUUGAGGCUGAGGUCGAGCGCAAGCUCGCGCGAGGAGUCGUGGUGGUCGAUGAGGCUGCCGCUGAGCGGCGCGUGUGGGAGGUGGAUGCUUGGCAUGCAGAGCGGGUAGCAUCGGCACGCCGGGCACGCGCUGGCGCUUACGGUUCUGGUCCGCGGACUAGUGACGAGUGAGCAGCGGCGUGCUAGGGAGCGGCAGCGAGCCGUCGUCGUCG